UUGAAUACUGUAUUUCCUGCUUCCGUUUCUUUCAGGGAGGCUGAACAAAAACGAUAUCUUAAGUGGAGUGACGACGGAACGAAAAUCUUUUAUGAAAACUAUAAGAAUUACGUGAUCAGCAACGAGCACACAUGCCCAGAAUGUUCGUGGAAUGACAUGAUGACUAUUCCUAAUCCAUCUGGAAUUGGAGCAGCAGCAGAUAUUAAGGACCCAAUAUACAAUCUUACCAAAGUGGCGCAGAACAUUCUUGGAUUUGGUCUGUUGUUGCUUGGCGAAUACCCUUUCGUAUCGCAUACCGUCAAAGAGAUCCUUUUCGAUGGUUAUAACGAUCCUCUGCUAGACGUCGGUCACUCAGAGAUCGUCUACUUCCUCAGUGGCGUUCUUAAUGGUGGAAAAAGCAUUAUUCCGAUCCCGAUACCAGAUAUGCCGCAUCAAUAUGGUCUACUUCAGUACAAUAACAGCCGUGAUGAGAACUACUGGAUCGAGUCGGGAAAGGCUGACAUCAACCAAAUAGAUUCGGGGAGUUUCUGCAAAAUGCAUCUGGAAAAAACCGACGAAUUACCAUUUUUCCAGUCGUUUAUGUGCAGAUCGUUCACAAAAACGUUCCUCGAAGAGAAAACCAUACAGGGGAUUCCUUCCUACACGUUUUACGUUCCCUAUGAUGACUAUGACACGACAGCGGAUGUGAACGCCGGUUUUCGCUACAAGAACGUGGAAAAAGUCAACUACUUUCCGGAUUGGCCAUCUUGUCCAGAUCGAGACCCACACAAAUGUGAAAAUUUGUAUUCUGUGGACUGUUCACUGCAGAACAACCUCUGCCACAACUGUUGUAAUGGCAGUUUUGUAGACGGCACCUAUCUAAUUCCCCCCGGAAUUUUCCCACUCGUCUGCUAUCCAGGUCGACUCCAACCAACUCCAUUUGCUGUGAUGUAUUCCCCACCGCAUUUCCUUUACUCCCCACCUCAAGUGAUCAAUUCCGUCAUCGGUGUCAGUCCAAACAAUGAGAGUCAUCUGCCGAUGGUCUAUAGUCAUGAGCCGAUGUGCAAACAAUACUUUCACUCUUUUGACCGGGUUCUGAGCAAUAUAGCUAUCCGCUUUAUUACUGUGAAGAUAAACCUAGGGUAA